AUUAAAGUGACCUGAUGACAAGAGUAGGAUCAUUUUACACUGUUGUUUGGUUUCUGCCCAUCUACUCAGCACGAUGAUAAACCCUGUCACUUUUCUCCUGACUUUAGCCUGUUUAAGAGAGAUGUGUUUGGAGAACAACUCCUGCCGCCCUGAACAAACUGGAUGCACAAGUUGCAUUAUUAAGAAUUGUGGAAAAGCUUUAAAACCAUGUGCGCACAAGACAAUUCAAGAGAUCGUAACAGAAAUGAAGAAAGAAGAUCCAUCAGCAUCUACUUUAGCUCUGCAGCAGGAGGCUGGAGCUGCUGUGUUGGAAAAUCUCCAGUCUGUUCUUCAUUGUUUCAGAAAGAUUAAUGAGAGUCUCAUAGACACCACAUUUUGUUUUAUCGAUGCUUUUCUGGGAGACUCAGAGCAGCAUAAUGACCAUGAAAUGCCAACCUUCAUGUCCAGUGAUACAGGUUAUAUUUCAUGCUGGAUCAAAGCGGCCGGAAGAGGAUACUUCAGCUGCUUCGAUCACUACGAUCUGAAGAGUUUACAGAGUCUGCAAGAACAUUUUGCAGGCAGUUUCGAUAAUUUUCACUGUUUUCUGAAGAAGUUUCCUUCCUUGAGCGAGAAAUGCCUUCCAGCGUCCAUAUGGCUUUAUGGUGAACUGUCACUAGCUCAGUUACAGAGACUUGCUAAGAGCAGUGAAGAACUUCUUGACUGUGGCACCAUGUGGAGCGACACCUGGAAACAAUGCAUGCACGAGUCCUCGGAUCUUCCUGGUGCCAACAGAACCCUCCCAACCGAGGCGAAAGAUGUGUACGUCUGUGCCAUUAAUGAGAUCAUCAGAGCAACUGCAAUGUGUUGAUUAUAACGAGGACGUGACCUUUCUAUGAACCAAUUAGAGAGCAGAUCAUCAUCAAUAUCUACUGAUCAUGUGGGGUGUUGGGUUAUUGGGCUGUAGUUUAACGUUUAAUCGUCUUUAUCUGGGCCUGAGUUUUGAUUUUUGUCUUCUGUUUUCUGUAUAUUUGUAAACGAGGACUCGUCCUCAGUGUGUUUCCUGAGGUUUAAAUAAAUGAAAUAAAAUCA